AUGUAUUUCGAUCUAACGGUUCAAAUAAUGUAAUAUUUCCUAAAUGAAAUCAUAUGUAAGAUUUUAAUAUUUUAACAACCUAUAUCACAUCAAAAAUAUUCUAAAUAGAGAUGAAAGGUUAAAUUGGGAAGACAGUAAGCCGAGAACUAAUUUUGGAAAUAAAAAUAUAAGAAAUUUUAAUAAAGAAGAUUUUGAAGAUUUAGUUAGAAUUUUGAAAGUGAAGAUGGAGAUGAAGAUAAAAUAUAAUGAAGAAAAAGAGGAUUGGAGAAAUUCAUUUAAAAACAGUAUCAUAGGAACUUAUAAAUAUAAUUAUUAAAUUGCAUUUUAAAGUAUAUUUAAUACAAUAGCUAAAAUUAAAUAAUAGAAUAGAAUCUGUAAUAAAUAAAAGAAUUUUCAAGUCCCAAAAGAAGGAACAAUUGAUGAUUUUUUUGUUGUAUAUCAAGAAUAAAAAAAUGAUAAUGAAAAAUUAAGGCAGAUCACACUUAAAAUAUUUAGAAAAAAAUUAGAAUUAAAAUAAAGAAAUUAUAAAAAACAUAUCUUAGAUUGUUAGUUGAAGAUGAUAAAAAUCAAAAAUAGGUUUAAUCCUAAUAAUAAAAGUUAAAAUGGAAUUAAAGUAAAUUAGAUUUGA